AUGAAUAAAAAUCAUCGUCAAAUGAAUGAGAAUGCCAAUCGAAUCGACGCAGUUAUUCAGUUGAACAGUAAUGAACAAGAUAAAUUGGCAAUUGGGUUUCAAAAUGAUAAUAAGUCUGAUCGAAGGAAUUCUGGAAGAUUUUUCGGUUUUUUGUUGGCUUUAUUACUUGUCAUCACAGGAUCAGUGAAUACACUGGCUGCUAAAUGGGCUGAUAAUAUCGUUAUUGAUGGAAAUAGUUUAACUUUUGAUCAUCCUUUUUUUCAGGCAGAUAUAAUGUUCAUUGGUGAAAUGUUAUGCAUGGUAGUAUAUUUUGUUAUCCUUUUGGUGCAACGAUAUCGAUGGAAAAGACAACAUGCAGCAAAUCCAUCUCGAAAAUCCUGUGGUGAAGAUCAAUUCAAACUUGAAACCGAAGGAAAUCUCUUAACAUCAUCAACAUUUCCUACGAUUCCUCGGUUCAACUAUUUUCUUUUUGCAGCUCCAGCUGCUUGUGAUGUGGUUGGAACAUCACUUCAGUACCUCGGUUUAAAACUUACAAGUGCUGCUUCGUUUCAGAUGCUUAGAGGGGCUGUUAUCGUUUUCACUGGGGUUUUGUCGAUGAUUUUUUUAAGGACAAGGUUGCAAGCCUUUCGAUGGGUAGGAAUAGCUUUUAUUGUGAUUGGAUUGCUAAUUGUUGGCGUUGCUGAUGUGAUGUUCUCUGGAGAUGAAAAAACAGAAAACACGAUUAAUGUUAUUUUUGUUUUUACUCGUUACUGGUUGCGGAUGGCGAAUGAUGAAUUUUGA